GGGGGGAUUUUGGGGCGGUUUGGGGGGAUUUGGGGAGGGGAACGGGGGAGGGGAGGGGGGGUUCAGCCCCGCCGCCCCCUCCCCGAGCGCGGAGCGGCGCAAAAUGGCCACGGCGCUGCACAAACCCCUCAAAUGCCUCGGGGAGGAGUUCUACCGCGAGGCGCUGGAGCACUGCCGCAGCUACAACGCGCGGCUCUGCGCCGAGCGCAGCCUCCGCCUGCCCUUCCUGGACGCGCAGACCGGCGUGGCGCAGAGCAACUCCUACAUCUGGAUGGAGCGCGCCCACCGCCGCCCCGGCCUGUCCCCGGGUCAGAUCUACUCGUACCCCGCCCGCUGCUGGCGAAAGAAGCGGCGCCUGAACAUCCUCGAGGCCCCGCGGCUGCGGCCAUACUGCGAGGCGCCGCUGCGGAAGGAGGGGUCACUGCCCGAGGGGCCCGUCCUGGAGGCGCUGCUGAGCGCCGAGACCCCCGAGAGCCGCGACGAGGAGGGGACCCCCGAGGGACCGGUCAGUGUGUCCGUGUGUCCAUCCGUGUGUCCGUCUGUCCGUGUGUCCAUCCGUGUGUCCAUCCGUGUGUCCAUCUGUGUGUCCGUGUGUCCGUCCCGGUGCUGCUGAGCGCCGAGACCCCCGAGAGCCGC